GAAGAUGCAACGCGUCGUUUUUGUUGUUGUCUUCGAAAGGUUCGAUUCCGCUGAAAUGGGAACCUAAAACCACUAGACGACGCCGUCUCAGUGGCCUAACAAUUGGCUCCCCCGCCAAUCAAUUACGCUCUCUUAACAGCGUUCUGUCAGUGAAAUUGUCCAUUUCCUCAACACUGAAAUAUCUGAAUCACAGUCUGAAGUAACACCGAACGCAGUCGCGCGGUUCUCUCACUUCCUCCUUCGCUUUCAAUUUUCGACGAUCUUCGUCUUGUCGCAUAGCCAGAAGAAAGCAACGCCAAUAUGUCAAAUCUUGGUUCAUCUCUUCCGGAUGCGACUGCGGCUGCCGGAAAGCUGCGUGUUGGCUUCCUAGGUCUCGGAAUCAUGGGUUCACCAAUGGCACAGAACCUUAUAAAAUCUGGAUAUGAUGUUACCGUCUGGAAUAGAACCCAGAGCAAAUGCGAUCCUCUUAUCAACUUGGGUGCAAAAUAUCAGCCUUCUCCUCGGGAAGUGGCAGCAUCAUGUGAUGUCACAUUUGCUAUGCUUGCUGACCCUGAAAGUGCGUUGGAUGUUGCUUCCGGAGAAAAUGGAGCUGCGAGUGGAUUGAGUCAAGGAAAAGGGUACGUGGAUGUUUCAACAGUUGAUGCUGCUACUUCUAAAUUGAUUAAUGCCCGUAUAAAAGAUACAGGAGCUCUAUUUCUAGAGGCUCCGGUUUCAGGCUCCAAAAAGCCGGCUGAAGAUGGACAACUUAUAUUUCUUACUGCAGGUGACAAAUCUCUGUAUGAAAGAGUAGCUCCACUUUUGGACAUCAUGGGGAAGUCAAAAUUUUAUCUUGGGGAAGUGGGAAAUGGAGCUGCAAUGAAACUUGUUGUCAACAUGAUCAUGGGAAGCAUGAUGGCAUCUUUCUCUGAAGGACUGCUUCUAAGUGAGAAAGUAGGACUCGACCCUAGCAUCCUUGUUGAGGUGGUUUCCCAGGGUGCUAUCAGUGCACCGAUGUACUCACUCAAGGGGCCAUCAAUGAUUAAAUCUCUCUAUCCCACUGCCUUUCCCUUGAAGCAUCAGCAGAAGGACUUGAGACUUGCUCUGGGUUUAGCCGAAUCUGUUUCCCAACCGACUCCCAUCGCUGCAGCCACAAACGAGCUAUACAAGGUAGCCAAAUCUCACGGACUUGGUGAUCAGGAUUUCUCAGCUGUCAUUGAAUCAUUGAAAUCAAAGUUGCAGCAUUGAACCGAGUGGUCGAAUUGAAUUCUAAAUUUAACAGUUUUUCAUGCUGUUGUGUGUGUUCCUCCCAAGUAAAACUGAUGGUUGGAACAUUUGCCAUUCUAAAUGUUGGCAUGUUCGUUUAAUUGGCAUUAUUAAAUUGGAUGUGAAUUUUAAUCGAAUUUUCACUUCGUUCUUCUGGUAAGACUAUUAGCUAUCAAAUUUACUGUUUAAUGUGGUA